AUGGCUAAUAGCAACAUUAAGCCUGUAACUCACGUACUUUUCGAUAUGGAUGGCCUUUUGUUAAACACAGAGAUCAUCUAUGAGAAAGUAUUUCAAGAAGUUUGUUUGAAGUUUGGAAAGGCACUAACACCAGAAGCUCGAAUAAAGCUUUUAGGAUCAACGGAACGUCGUUCUUGUGAAAUAUGUGUUAAUGAUCUCAAAUUAAAUUGCACGGUCGAUGAAUUUGUUAAAGAUUUUCGCGAAUUAUCACAACAGCGUCUACCUAAUGUUGAUUUUAUGCCUGGUGCUGAACGGCUAGUUCGUCAUUUACAUGCUAAUAACGUUCCGAUUUGCGUGGCUACAUCAAGUGGCGAGGAAAGUGUUAAAAUUAAGACACAGAAUCAUCAAGAAGUAUUCAAAUUGUUUCAUCACAUUACUAAAGGAACUGAUGUAAAGGAAGGAAAGCCAUCACCGGAAAUUUUCCUAUUAGCUGCUAGUCUUUUCGAGCCAAAAGCUGAGCCAUUGAAUUGCCUGGUCGUUGAGGAUGCGCCAAAUGGAGUUCAAGGAGCAAUUUCAGCAGGCAUGCAGGUUGUAAUGGUGCCAGGAUCUUUAAUAUCCGAAGAAAAUCGAUCCAAGGCUACUAUAGCUAUUAAGUCAUUAGAAGAAUUUAAGCCUGAAUUGUUUGGACUUCCCUCGUUCAAAAAUUAA